AUGAAGAAACCUGGUGAAACAGCUCUAGUUAAAGUCUUAAGAGAUGGAAAAGAGCAUGAGUUUAUGAUCAGCUUAAACAUGACAAAACAGCAGCUGGUUCCGGAAAAAUCUCGUCCAAGUUAUUACAUACUUGCUGGUCUUGUCUUUGUGCCUCUCUCUAAGCCACUCAUUGAUGAUAAAUCAAGUUCCAUAUGUAAAAGUGCAUUAAAAAGGAAGGCCACAGAACCCGAUGAACAGAUUGUCAUAAUCUCUCAGGUUCUAUCGGAUGAUAUCAACACAGGAUAUUCUGAUUUGAAAGAAUUCGAGGUGAAGAAAGUGAACGGAGAGAAAGUGGUGAAUCUGAAGCAUCUAAGUGAGCUCAUAGAGGAAUGUUGCACCGAGGAUUUGAGGUUUGACUUAGAAGAGGGACAUGUUAUUGUUUUGAAUUAUUUAUCUGCUAAGGAAGCAACUUCGUUGAUUUUGGAACGUCACAAAAUACCAUCGGCCAUGUCCAGUGACCUUCAGGAAACAAACUCUGGCUAG